GCCUCCCUCCGUUCUUUCCGCUUCCGCCGCCAUGCGCGUGGAGAAGUGCUACUUCUGCUCCGGCCCGGUCUACCCGGGCCACGGGCAACUCUUCGUCCGCAAUGACUGCAAGGUGUUUCGGUUUUGCAAGUCAAAAUGCCACAAAAACUUCAAAAAGAAGCGAAAUCCCAGGAAGGUCAGGUGGACCAAAGCCUUCCGGAAAUCAGCUGGGAAAGAAUUGACGGUGGACAAUUCAUUUGAAUUUGAGAAACGGAGGAACGAACCGGUGAAGUACCAGCGAGAACUUUGGAAUAAGACAGUGGAUGCAAUGAAGAGAGUAGAAGAGAUCAAGCAGAAGCGUCAAGCCAAGUUCAUCAUGAACAGAUUAAAGAAGGGGAAAGAGCUGCAGAAGGCACAAGACAUCCGGGAAGUCAAGCAAAGCAUCCACCUCAUUCGGGCUCCGCAUGCAGGCAAAGCCAAACAGCUGGAAGAGAAGAUGGUCCAGCAAUUACAGGACACAGUGGAGAUGGCGGACUCCACCUAGAAAGCUUCCCUCUCUGGGUCAUGACCUGUCAAAGCACACUGUUGUUUGUUGUUGUUGUUGUGUCAAGGUGUUUCUCUGUCUCUGAACUCGUGGCCUCACUUGUAUUUCUUGCAUGCCAGUCCUAGCCAGGGUAGCGGUUGAAGCAGUCUUGUGCAUCUUCCAUUGGAAUUGGCUCUCAGUGCAAAAACGAGGUCAGGAGAGGAAAGGCAGCCAUGAAGUUCAAUCCCAAGACUCCUGUAAUUCUCAGUUAUUUCUAUCCGGCGAAAGGAUCGGUGCAUCAAAUAAAGCAUGAUGUCAGAGAAA